AUGGACUCUACGCCAAUCAUGCAAUCAUAUGGGACAGUCGGACAGUGGACAGAUUUCUCGCUUUAUGAAAAUGAAACAACUUUUGUUAACAGCGGGGAGUCUUUCAAACCCAUCCUAUCUGCUGAGACAUUUCCUUUUGAAACGUUGACUUCAACAUAUCAUUCAAGUCCAUCUCUCUCGCCUGCUUCCUCGAUGGAAAUGUCAUUUGAUGACUUCUAUUCGAAUCCCACAUAUGACUCCCCGUCAAUGAAAGAGCAAAGCCCUCCGCUGCCAGAUAAUCUGUACUCAAUACCCGCAUUCUACGAACCAGAAAAUACAAAUACGAAAAUCAAACAAGAAAGUAACGUCAUCAAUGUGACCUCAAAUCCAGAACCCACACCCACAAAGGGUUCAAAAAGAAGAGCAAACUCGAAGGGUUCAAGACCUAAAGCACCAGCUUCGCCAUCAGCGAUCGAACGACGCAGACAACAAAAUAGAGCUAGUCAAAUGGCUUUCAGAGAACGAACGAAGAAACUUGUGGAAGAUCUGAGGAAGCAGCUCCUCGCGAGUGAGACGGAACGAUUGAGGCUGAAGGGACUGCUGGAAAGAGUACUCGCACCUGGCAUGCAAGGAGGACGCUAUCUGUGA